GCUUCGUCCUUCGGCUUCGUCCUUCGACUUCGUUCUUCGGCUUCGUUUCCGCAACCUCCUUCCCCAAUCGUCUCCUGGGUCCGCUCCCCUUGGACAUCAGUCUUGGACGCCGGUCCUGCACAUUUGUCCUACACAUCUGUCCUGCACAUCCGUCUUGGACGACCCACUUGGAUUUCAAGCCUCGGCUCGUCCCUCCCGACCUUGCCUAUCCACAGUCCCCAGUCCUUCGCUCCCGUCUUCCCACAAUCGCCCCCGCAUCCCCCGUCGGCAUGAAACUCUCGCUGUCACUCCUCACCGGCUUCGUGGCCUCGGCUGCCCUGGCCUCGGCCCAGAGCAUCGACUUUUUGCCCUGGGAUCCCACUCUCCCCCAGACCUGCAAGGACGCCUUCAACCAGACCGGCGCCCUCGGUCAGCUCGUCGGCUCCUGCGGCGGCUCUGGCCUGUUGACAAUUGCCUCGGCCCCCGGCGCCUUUGCUGUCGACGGCUCCUUCGUCCUGUCGCUCUGCAGCUCGGAUUGCGCCUCGGCCGUGCAGACCUUUUCCAUCUCGCUGUACCCGUACUGCGGCACCUCGUCGAUCUUCCUGGCCUCCAACAACCCCAGCGACAGCUUCUUCUCGACCGUCCUUGGCGGCAUCACCGUCCCCGAGAUUGCCCUGACCAUCUCGGCCUUGACCACCAUCGGAUGUCUCCGUGACAGCUCGAACGGCCAGGGAUACUGCCUGCUGCAGAACUAUGCCAACUUCCAGAGCAAGAUCCCGGGUCUGUCGCAGGAUCCCAACAACACCGCCGCCCCAUCGCUCCUCUCCAUCUUCCCGCCUGUUUCGCAGGCCCAGAACCAGAACGUCAUGUGCACGUCCUGCGUCCAGCGCCAGUACCAGACCUCGACCAACGCCACCACCUUCUCAUUCUUCCGGUUCCUCAAGCCUUACACCGAUGCCCUCUCGGCCAGCGUGCCCAAGUGUCCUGGUGUCGUUCCCGUCACUCCCUCGCCGCCGCCGCCGUCUGGCAACACCACCAACACCAACACCACCACCCCGGCCUCGCCUUCUGGCAACUCGACCCAGUCCGCCAAUGCUACCGGCACCGCCUCGGCCUCAGCAUCGGCAUCCUCGGCUUCGGCAUCCGCCUCGGCUUCGCCUGCCCAGCUCGUUGCCCGUGGGCUGAAGGCCUCGGCUGCCGACUCGACCGUGCGACCCGCCUCGGUGGUCCUGACGCUGGUCUCGUCGCUUGUCGUCCUGGGACUGACUGCCAUGGUGCAGUAAGAGCCAGACGCCUGUCCUACCCUCAAGAUCCCCCCCCCGCUGCCGUCGUCGCCACCAAUUAUUCAAUUGCCCACCGCCGCUCCUGUAUCCUGUGUUUGUCAUGUUUCGCUCUACCCUUGCUUGACAGACUUCCAUGAGCUUUGCAGACCGUCGACCUUUGCCCCUUCUAAGCUGCCUUGCCCAGCAAUCUAGAUUUGUCCUCCCCUCUCCGCCGUCCCACAGCUACCCCCGUAUUCACAUCAUGUCGCUUUGCUCUUGUUGCUUUUUGCUUGCUCUGGAUGGCUUGAUGGGUAUGCGUUGCCCACGUCUUGCCAAAGUACUUCUCCGUACCCGAUCUGCUGUCCAAAGCACACACAUUGCUUCUUUGCCCCCCCCCGACUCUGCCCCUUCAAUACAUUGAUCUGUUUAAAUCUCCAGACCGGU